UUCAGAUUAGUCUAUGAACAAGAUAGAUUAUUAGCUAGAAUUGAUGAAUUAUUAAAAACAUUUGAUGCUGAACUAAGGUUGCUAAGACAUGAUAAAUUUAAACUGGAUAUUACUAUGAAGAAUGCUGAUUUAAGACAAGUUACAUUAUUUGAAGAGUUUGUCUUAUUGAAGGAAUAUGAAAUAAGAGAAGAGAGUUUAGCUGACAAAGUUUCUAGCAAACAUCAAGAAAAGCUAGACAUGCAGAACAAGAUUAUGGAGGUUCAAGCUAAGUUGGAUAAUAAAAAGAAAGAUAUUGAGAAAUUGAUGGAAAAAGAUAAAAAAUUACAUGCUGAAUUUACUAAUUCAUUAGGAGAAAAUAAUAAAUUUGUAGAUUACUUAACAAAAGUUUUUAAGAAGAAAAUUAAAAGAACAAAGAAAAAGGCAAAUGAUGGAGGAGAAUCUAAUGACGAUAGUGAUGAAGAUAGUGAUGAUGAAUCAGAUUGGGAAGAAAGUGAUGAGGAAUCAGAAUCUGAAGCUGGUGGAUUUGAUUUAGAUGUUUGUCCACAAGGCUGUGACCAGUCAAUCUAUGACAGUACAUGUCAAUUGAGAGAAAAACGAUUAGACAACGAAGAGGAAUUAGUAGAAGAAAAGAAGAAUGCUGAGGCUAUGAAGAAAGAAUUGGAAGGUUUACAGAAGAAAGCUAAAGUUAUUGAUGCUUCUUUGAAAUAUGCUCAGAAUGAUUUAGAGGCCUUCCAGCUUGAGAAACAACAGAAACUCAAUGAAUUGGAUGUUGUAGUAACAUUACGUCUACAUCAAAUCCUCCAUAUUGUAAAUAGUGUCCUACCACAAGAUCUUUCACAGACUUUAGUUUUUGAAUCAAGCGGUGUAGAAAGAUUGCAACAUCGAAUCAAAGAACUGGAACAUGAAAAACAUCUGCAGAAAAAACAAAUGAAAGAGUCCAGAAAGAAACAUGUCCAAUUGAUAAAAGAUAGAAAAUUAUUUGAAGAGAAAAUAUCUGAGAUGAAUGAAACCUGUAAUGAAAUGAUGAUAGCCAAGUUUGGUUGUAUUGUGGAUUUGGAAAAACUAGAAACAGUUGUGGUCAAUCGUGGUAUUGAGGAAAUGAAAGAAAAACUACGAGUUACAGAAAUUACCUGCUCUGAGGAAAUGAUUGAUUUAAAUAAAUUAGUAGCAGAAAAGAAAGAUCGUAUAACAGAAUUAAUUAAAGACAAUACCAAUAGAUUAGAACAAUUAUGUAUGUUAUCUACAGAGAAAAAAGAUUUAGAAUCUUCUCUUGAUUCCAGACAGAAAAAUCUGGGUGAAGAAUACACUGGCCAACGGAAAUCAGAUGUUCAUGAAAGAAAAAGAUUAAUUCAACUGGUACAAUUACAGGCACAAGAAAUAGAUGCAUUGAAGGAAGAAAUCAUGCUUUUAUCAAGAAAAGGGGGUCAUAUUCUACCCCCAGCCCAACCCCCACUUCCACAAACUCCCAAUAAUAUACAUUCUGUCAAUCACUGAGGCUUUAAACCAUGUACUGUAUUGUGCUAUAUCUUAAUAAUUUAUAGGGGUGGGUUAAAGUUAUAGAAAUCAAUAUGAGCUUUUUGUGAUUACGUAUUCUAACCUAACCUUUCUUGUCCAUUGCUCUGCACAUUAAGGUUUUUUCAGACAUUUAUUUCCAUAAUCCGUUCACAAAAUUAUCUAUAUUUGGAGUAAAAAUUACAGUCAUUAUGUGUUGGAAGCAUGUUCUAUCCUCAAAUUGCUUUUCAAGUAUGUUGGAUUUUUUUUUUUUAAAUCUCCUGUGAUAUGUGUCUUAUCCCUAAAGGUCACCUUUUUUUACAAGUUUUAAUCAUUCCUGUGAAUUAAAAUCAGAUAUCCUUCACUGAUCCAUCCAUAAUGCUGAUAUAUAUAUUGGUUGAUUUCAUGUGAUUUUAUCAGAGAUUGAUAUGGUUUAUUUCUUGAUAAUUUUUUAUGAAACUGCUGUGAUUAUCAUUUAUCUAUUUUUAUUAUAUUCAUUAUUGUUAUUAUUUAUUGUAUAUGUCACUACAUUUUACAUUAAGUUAUAUACAGUGAAUUCAGUAAAUUACUCUUCAGUGCUAUAAAACCAC